AUGAUAAUUGAGGAGCGGAAAAGUCAUGAGUUGAACCUGGAGUCGAUCGAUAAUGAUUUAAGAUUGGAAAGUGUUCGACAAAAUGCAGAAAAGCUUGGAUGGGAUCAUUUUGCCAGAUCGGUUCGUCGGAAUUUACAGGAGAAACAUCACACUUUGGAAGCUAGUAUUCGACUCGAUGUUCUCGGUUCUCUCGCUUUUAUGAAAGCACAUUUACCAAUUGAUAAAGAUGAAAGUCUCAAUCGAAAAAUUCAAAGUCUAGCCGAUGGUUUGGGGGAAAAUUGUGUCGUCGCUGCUCAUAUUGGUGGGAUUAGUAUCAAAAGUCAUGAUGUUUCCGUUGAUAUUGGAAUCGCUGAGGAAGCUAUCGUAUCGUGUAAAAUAGGAUAUUUCGGCCAGCCACUUUUCGAUGCACCAGAAGCACUAGCUUUGUUGAAGUCAGACGAGUUUUCCAAGUUGAGAGAUUCAAUUGCCGAAGUUUUGUCUUUGAUUCCAAAAGAAAUAUCUUUAAGCGAUAAAAACGCAUGCAAAGAUGCACUUCGAGCUUUGGAGCACGUACUCAUCAGAGAUGCCGCCGACUCCUCGUUCUCAGCCAUCAACAAUAACAAAUACGGAUUCUACUCUCCACGGAACGAGUUGCGUCCUGGUCGUUUGUAUUACAUUGCUGAACCGAUGUUGAUAAGAGUCGCAGAAAAAGAAGGAAAAAUGCAUGCCGAUAAUUCGCAUCUCGACUCGUUGCCGUAUAUCGAAAUUUUUUUCGUCAAAAGUAAUAAGAAGAGCAAACUACCAGUCUUCAAUCAAAGUGGAGAGUGGACCACUUUCAAUGAUGCUAAAGUCUGCAUAUGUAUCCGAUUCAAACACGCGUUUUUGUUUUCCCAACAUACAAUUCGAAAACUAGCGAAAACUGUACCAAAAUCACCAGUCGUUCGUAGCUACGUUAACUUUUACCGGUAUGCGACCGGCCGCCCAACUGUCAAGAAGAACUUGGAGCUUCUGACCCAGUUUCCUAACGAAACAGAUAUCCAGCAACACUACAAUGUGGACUCAUCAAAACUGGCGAGUGACAGUGACUCGCUUGUAGUCGAGAUGUUCUUAGGUGACUUGAGAGAGCUACCCAAACUUAUCGAGACGCUGCGCAGCGAAUGGAUGCAUGCCAGUUUGUGGGAGUCCAUUGUAGCUAUGUGUGAACCGAAUCAGGAUGCUGUGAAAAAAGAAGUCCGUGCUGCGAAUUUGGAACUCUUGCUUCGUCGCAAUGAAUUCAAUUUGAAAUUCGAUACUGAGUUUGGAAACAUGUCCAUGCAAAUCUCGGAAAAAGAGCCUAGGCGAUAUUUCAUCCGAACAGUUUCUCAGCUCACUGGUGAUACUCCUUCUUCUGAUCUCGACAAUCUUCUGACGGAAAAACUUAACAGCACCUGGAGCAUUCCAAUCUCUCUGACAUUCGCGCUUUCUACUCUCAAUUGUCGUCUCAAUUCUUUGCUUUCUCCUCUCAAUUAUGUCAAACCUUCAAAUCCUUUUGAUUCUGAUAAACGUCAACAAUGGUGGUUGGGUGCGAAUAAAACACAUACAAACAUUACAGUUGAGAAGGUUAAGAAGCGUAUAGUACUAGAAAUUGGGCCUGUCAUCGAACCAAAAGAACUAGUUUAUACUAGACAAGAAGAUGAAGAGCUGUGCGGUUCUCUUUUAUCCAGUUUUGGCGAAGUGGACCAGUAUUAUGUGCAGACUUCGACAAUUGGCAAAACUGGACCUCAACCACGCCCGAAACGAGAGCCGAGUCAAUUGGCUAGCAUGGGCAUGAUGUCUGCCGAACUAGAUAUGGCAAGAAAUCGUCAGAGCAUGGAACAUGCGAUGCACCCAAGACCGCAAGAUCUGCGAGAACUGAGCAACCUUGAAUCUGCUCGUAUCCAGAUGAGGCAAUCUAUAGGGGCAGCACAUGCUGUCGGGCUUGCGAGUCACCAGUCAUUCACUUCUCCAGGCCCUAUGAGACAUCAUCCUUAUAUGGGCGGUUCUUACGAUUCUCCAGGGUUCUACGGGCCGAACAUUCCUGCCAGCGUUCCAUUCCCCGAUGCUGCUGCAUUCGGGAAGGGCAAGCAAAGGAAGCCGCGUGCUAAGAAACAACCAGGGGAAGAAGUUGCUGCUCCAUCAGGGAGAGGAAAAGGUCGAAAAGGCCGUGGGGCUGCUGCAGUUGGCGCUGGUAGCGGGAGGAAAAGCAGCGGCGUUGUGGGUGAAAAUCAGUAUGGUAUGGAUCAAAUGAGACCACAGCUACAAAGAAGCUACAGCGACUUCCAAAACCCAAUGAAUCCACAACACAUGCCACAGUAUGCUCAACACAUGCAGCAUAUGCAACAAAUGCAUCAAAUGCAGAAUAUGCAACAGUACCAACAAAUGCAACAGUAUCAGCAAAAUCAGCAGUAUCAGCAAAACCAACAAUACCGUAUGCAUAUGCAACAGCAACAACUCCAGCAACAGCAAAUGCAGUCUCCUCAACAACAAUCUGGAAUGAAUACUCCGAAAAGCCAAAGAUUAACAGAUGAAGAUUCUGAUGAGGAUGUUGACCCGCCCCGACUUCCAAAGCCGCAGGUUAGUGCUGCUGUUUCUCGACCGUCUCUCCCUCCACCCCAUCAGCUUGGAAAUCCAAUGGUUGGAUACCCGGGAAUGCCACUACAAAGUCCUAAUCAUCUACCCCUCACACCUUCCCCAUUGUCUGCCCCUCCGAAACCAUUCAGUCCUGAGCAACAUCAUUUUGGUACAAAGAUGCGGGAUAAUGCCUAUUGGAAAGAAGCCGAACGUAAUAUUGAUGUGAAACCAGAUAUCGAAAAACUGAAACAGCAAAUGGCAGCUAGUUCUUCGUGUGGACCUGUUCUUGGUACUGCAGCUACUUCCUCCUCAUCUGAUCCCUCGACUUCUGGAGAAUCGUCUAAUGCUACGGAAAGCGCCAGUUCUGCACCACUCAUGAAACCCCCUACAACUGCACAGACACCUAAAAAGAAAUUAGGCCUCGAGGCUACGCUUUCAAAAUUACGAGGAGUACAGGAACAAGCUUUACAGAAGCAGGAACAGCAGAGGAUCCAACAACAAGAUUCUGUUGAUUCUACGAAUUCCGAGCAACCAACUCCGCAACCACAGUUUAGCCAACAGCCUGGCCCGCCCCUGGCCCCAAAUCAGGUCAACCGAGUGAUGAAUAUGAGCAACGCUUUUGAUGACGAGGCAGGAAGUUCCACAAAUACCUCCGACAUCAAACCAUCACUGGCAUCACUUCAAAAGUCUACUGGGUCAAUUGUUGUGGAUCCUACUACUCCUGGCACAUCUUCUAACAUUGCUCAACCUUCAGGAGUGAUGCCAAGUUUGAAGAAAGAAGUAGAAGAGCAGCCACCAGAGCGGGAGAAGGAGAAGCUUAUCGUUAAGAUUCCAAAGAUCUUGAAGGUAGAUGACCGAAGAGAUGAGAGAAGAGAAAAAGAGAGAGAUCGUGAUCGCGAUCGUGACCGUGAUGGAGAUAGAGAACGAGACAGAUACGAGAAAGAGGACAAAUCUCAACGAGAAAAGGAUAAAAAAGAGCGAGACAAGGAAAGGAAACGGAGAGAUCGAGAUCGAACAGAAGCUAAAAAAGAAAAAGACUCAUCGGGCACAAGAGAAAAGGAGUCGAAGAAACGAAAACGAGAGAAAAGUGAAGAGAAAGACAAAAGAGAGCCCGAUCGGAAAAAGGAGAAGAAGGAGGGAAAGGAACUAUCCAAGACAACAACCAAAUCAGUAUUACCAAUGAUUCCUACGAGAACACUGAAGAACUUUAGAAUACCUAAAAAAGAUACUGUAGACGAGGACAAAAAAGAACCGAAGGAUGAAAGUAUCCCUGGGCCAUCCACAUCAUCAGAAUCCUCUACCAGGAAAGAAGUUGCUCCUGCUCCUAUAUCUAGAAAAGAAUCAACGACGUCAUCUGUUGCGCCAUUACAACGGAAAGAAUCGUUUACAUCUCAAUCCGGAGCAUUCCCUCCGUCUGAAUACCAUCGAGAGCCUCCGAAGAAGAAACCGCCUCCAAUAAGUGGACCCGCUCAGGGAUCUUAUUCAGGUUCCUCGAAUGCAGGUCCCAUUUCAAGCAGUAGUCGGGGAAGUGGCAAUGGUGGAAGUCGAAAGCCACCAGUACUUCCGCCACCAGCACUUCCGAUGAGAGGUCCACCAUCAGAUCAAAUGUAUCGAGAGCGAACAGGAAGCAUGCGGGGAUUUCCACCAUCUUCUCAUUAUCACGGAAGCGGUGGAAGUGGUGGCAGCAAACAAGUGGCCUCUUACGCACAGGGUCUUCCGCCUGGUAUGGGACCUCCGGCAGCCAAGCCACAUGGAAAUUCCUAUCAGGCGUCGCAGUGGGUCAGGCCACCCACGCACAGGGACUCGCACAGCUAUCACGGAAUGCCGACUCUUGGACCACCACAGAUCUCCCAAAGAGAACAGCCGCCACCGCCGCCGCAAAUGAUACCACUGCCUAAAGAAAAUCCUCCUCCGCCGCUUGCUCCUCCUUCGAGACCGCACAGGGACAGCAGAGCUCGAGGGGGCGGCGACAACGGACCUGAUAGUCCAGAAGAAGGAACACUUCGCAUCGAUGACGAGUGA